AUGGCCAAGCUCGCCGGACUAGCGACCCGCCUCUGCUCGGCACAUCUUAUCCUGCUGCUGGCCCGAGCCGAGCCGAUCGAUAUCGCGAGCUCGAUAUCGAGAAACCUCAGCGGCUUCCUUCUCAGCAGAGAUGGAAAGUUCUACGUGCAACCGGUUCUCGCCAAUCGCAGCCUGAGCACUGGGAUACGCGAUGAGCAGCACAAAGAAUUUGAAACCAGAUCAGCCGUCAGCGAGGGUGAAAGUUGGAGCAAGAUCGACGAAGAUGGAGCAGAGACUUCGACAACUGGCGUCGAGCUCAAAGUCACAAAAACCCAAGAGAAUGAGAGUAGCGCCGAGGAAAAUCACGAAGACGACGGCAUUAGCUGGGAGCCAACGCCGAAGUCUUGGUGGCGGCGCAUUGUAGGCGCGAGGUCCAGGACAAGAGCUUUUUCUUUCUAUGGAAUCGUCGAGUCUGCCUUUACUGGAAUCACCAAGUUCAUUGGAUCGAUUAUUGGCGAUGAUGACAAUGAUGACGAGGCAGAUUAUCAAUACAACGGUGUUAAUUACCAAGGAUACCAACUGCUAAGAAUCAUCCCGAAAAAUCUAAAACAGGUUGAGCAUCUAAAAAAGCUGAGGGAUAGUGAACCAGACGAUGUUAAGUUUUGGACUACCCCAGUGAAGAACAGAGUUACAGAUAUAGUUAUAUCUCCAGCAAUGCAGAAUGAUGUAAAAGUAUUUUUAAGGCAGAAAAAAAUCGAUUUUAUUCUACUGACGAAUGAUUUGCAGAAAUUCAUAAAAUCUGAAAAUCCAAGAAUGCCAAAAGAGCGUCGUCAAGAUUUGUUCUCUUUGCAAGGACAUUCGAUGACUUGGAAGCGGUACCACCGAUAUAAAGAUGUCAUGGGAUAUCUGGACUAUUUAGCUGAAAAGUACCCACAACUUGUCGAGGUGAUGUCCAUAGGAGAGAGUUUUGAAGGACGAGCUUUGAAAGUCGUCAAAGUUUCAACUGGCGCCGAUAAAAAUGGAGAAUCGAAACCAUCCAUCUGGAUCGAUGCCGGUAUGCACGCGCGCGAAUGGAUCAGUACGGCGGUAGCCACGUACAUAUUAAAUCAAUUAGUGGAGAAGAGCGACAACUACUCGCGGCUCCUCGAUGUCACCGACUGGAUCGUAAUGCCAGUCGCUAAUCCCGACGGCUACGAAUUCACGCACACCAACGACCGACUUUGGCGCAAAACUCGAAGCAUCCACGACACCGAUGCCGACGACGACGAAGACGAAGCGAGACAAGGUCCCGGCAUCUUACACAUGCUGACGCACUACACCAAGUGGCUCUUUGGCAGUUGCGAAGGCGUAGAUCCCAAUCGAAAUUUCAAUAUACACUGGGGCGAGGACAAAGUUGGUGGUGCGAGCACUGACCCGUGCCACGACACGUACGCUGGCCCAGAGCCGUUUUCCGAGCCCGAAACCAAAGCCAUCUCUGACUAUAUAAUGGAAAAUCGACAAACGAUCAGAACCUAUCUGACUCUCCACUCGUACUCGCAAAUGCUGCUGGUGCCUUGGGGUUUUACGCGCAGCAAGCCGCCGGACUUCGAUGACUUGAUGAAUAUUGCCAACAAAGCCAAGAAAGCCAUCGCCAAAGUCAGCGGCACCGAGUACAAAGUCGGCCCCGCCGCCGAGCUUCUCUAUCCGACGACAGGCUCAUCGGACGACUGGGCGAAGGCGAUCGCCGGAGUAAAGAACGCAUUCACGAUGGAACUGCGGGACCGGGGGCGCUACGGGUUUCUGCUGCCGGCUGCGCAAAUCAUCCCCACAGCGAGAGAGACCUGGGCAGGAGUGCGCGUGAUUGCACGCAUGGCUGCGACCAGCAGCAAGACCUGAAGAAUAGUGCGGCUCUUAUCCUCCUAUCCUCGCAGUUCUUCGUUCUCGUUUAUGUGAUUUGUCAACUUAGCAGUCAUCUAACCUGACAAUUCUUCUAUUUAUUUAUUUAUUUAUUUAUUUAUACCUACUGUGCCUUCGAAUCGCAUUUUCAU